AUGCUAUUGAGUGUCGCGUGCGGGCAAAUCUUCUAUGCGCCAAGAGUGCUGGCCCCUGCUUCAACUUACACCUACUAUCGACCAUUCCCAUCAGUCUUGGCUCCAGCGGCUCCCGUUGCUGCUGCUCCAGCGGUGCCUGUUGGACCCCCAGUUCCAGCUUAUGCCGCCCCAAUUGCUCCAGUUGUUGCAGCCGCACCAGCCGUCCCUGCUUAUGCACCGGCUUACUAUGGAAAGAAA